AUGCUCACACAGGUGAUGGCACACUCUGCCCCCGCAGAAUUCCCCCCAGUAGUCUGUCAACUCGUAGAAAGAGAAGGGUUCCAGCUGCUUGCCCAGUCAGAAAAGCUAAAAGCUAUCGUACCAAGAAGUAAGAAGGCUAAAACACAACCACCAGCCCGGAAAGAAGAGGAAAUAAAGGAAAGAGACUUCACUCCUGCAGAUAGCCUACAGCCUUUAGAAGAAUACAGUAAAGAGAGGAAAGAUCCCAAAGAACCAAAGAAUCAGCAGAACCAACCGCUACAAGGCAACAAGAGGACACAUACUCUUGGGACUACUGGUUAUCGGUAA